AUGUUGCUAAAUGUAAAGAAAAAAAUUAAUUGCAUAUUUGAAAUAGUUAUUGAACCAUCCAUCAGUUCAAAGAGACCGAACCAAUUUUUUUCAGUGCAAGCAACAGAUGGUCUGAGGAAUGAGUUUGUGUCAUCACUUAAUCAGCCCCACAUUGUCAGUGAAAAAAUCGAUGGUACCUCAUCAUUUGUCAGAAGAUUCAAUGGUAUACCUUGGCUGUGGGCAAGACAUGACAGAAAACCCACAAAGAAUUACAAAAAGAUGCAUAUAGGUGAUAGCAUAGACUAUCAAGACUUCAAAAUUGAAAACUACAAAGAUGCCCCAGAAAACUGGACUGCUUCUGACGCUUGCCUGAAUGAAAUGGGAAAACUUAUUCCAGACACAAACGGUCACAUUAUGGGCUGGGUUCCCAUCAAUCCACAACUGAAACAACAUUGCUGGCACUGCCAAGCUGUAGAUCUUGAGUCUGGAUUGGCGCUGACUUUAAAACCAAAUGAUGGACAUGCAGACAACACAUUAGAACUGUCCAUAGAACCGCUAGAGAAGCUAGAGGAAUGCACUUUUGAGUUAAUUGGAACAAACAUCAAUGGGAAUGCAUACAAUAUAGGCUCCAAACAGGCACCACUGCACAUCCUGGUUCGACAUGGCAUAAUAAAAAUCUCCAAAACGUACCCAAAUGUUACACAAAGUUCAUUACGCAAUUGGUUUAUCAACGAUGAAAAUGGUAGAGUAGAAGGAAUAGUAUGGCACUGCAGCAAUUCAAGACUAUACAAGCUGCACAGGCACCACCUGGGAUUAGAGUGGCCAAUUGAUUGUACCAAAUUGUCUACAAGACCUCUUGUAAUUAAUAUACCCAAGUGUCACAAUUCACCAAAUCCUCAUUUCAAAUUUCUUUCUAUUUUUGAUGGUAGAUGUUUCAAUUCAUUUAAUGAAUUUGUGUUAUGUUACAUUGAUAAAUAUUCUAGUUUUUGA